CAAAGCUGUCAAUUGUCAUCAUUUUGUCGGAAACUGGUACCGGCCAAGGGUUUCGCUUGGUUGUUUAUGUUUACAUUUGUAAUCAGGUUGAACCCACGCAAGUUACCGCCGUGAAGUGCGAUGGAAGAAAUCACGCUAGAAAAUUUAGAACUAAGGUUUCACUCUAUCUGUCGUUUCUGCCUCUCGGAUGCUGAUUGUUUGCCAGUGUUUCUUCCUGAUGGAAACAUAAACGACCGGUUGCAGAAAGCAUUCGAAAUCAUCGCAUCGAAAGUGGACGAGAGUGACGGACUGCCCAACAACGUCUGUAGCGUAUGCUUGCAGAGGAUAGAAGAUUUUGUCGAUUUCGAAGCCAACUGUACCAAAUCUUAUGAAAUUCUGAUGAAAUGUAUUCAGGAAACUACGGAUAUUGUAUAUUGCGAAAUGCCGAGUAUGGACUGUGGCUCGGUGGAUCACAUCAAAAGUGAAUACGGUGACCAAAUUGUAAUGCAAGAGUUUGAUUCAGAGUACAUCUAUAAUGAUGGUGAAGAAAUUCCAGCAUUAGCGGCAGAUGAUGAUCCUGUUGUACGGCAGGCUGAACUUGUACGUGAUGAUCAGUGCACACCUGAGAUGGAGUUCGUCCAGAAAGAUGAAAAUUCAUCCCUUCAUGCAGAUGAUGGCAUUGUAAAGAAGUUGGAUAAUGAUACUGAUAACACGGAAAAUGAUGAACCUCACCCAAACGUUACGGAUGCGCUAGCACAGGCCAUGACGAGCGAUGUGUACAAUAAAGCAUGUAAUAUUCCGGUCAUAUGUUAUUCCUACCGUAACAAUCGAAAAGUCCCUAUUGUACAAUGUAUGUUUUGUGAUAAAACAUACCGUGGCCGUAAUACGUUACGGAGGCAUUUACGAAUACAUUUUAAUAUCAAGAACUAUUCCUGCGCAGUAUGCAAACGAACGUUUCACGAUAAAACCUCACUGCGCAUACACGUGUCGCGCCACUCGGAUACAAAACCAUUUCAAUGCGAUCAUUGCGAUCGAUCCUACUACAGCAAAACGGAACUGAAACAGCAUUGCGUCGCAAAACACGGUAUACGGAAGCAUAUUUGUGAGGUCUGUAACAAGCGGUUUCCCUCCCGAACGACCUUGCAAGAUCAUGCACAAGUUCACGCAUCGGAACGGACAUAUGUUUGCAGCACGUGUGGUAAAAGCUUUAAGCGGAAUCGUAAUCUUGUGCGCCAUUUCCAGAACCAUACGAAAUGUAAGAACACCACGGUCCAGAGCGAGCCGGUGAAUGGCAGUAAAAUGAAACUUCCUAACUUUCACUGUACUGUUGCUGACUGUUUCAAAAAGUACAAGUUUGAAGUACAUUUAACACGCCACAUGCGCCUAGUACACGGAGAAUAGCCGGAGAAUGGUGCUGCUGGAAUCACCAAUAAAGCAAUUCCAAUGUACACGAUGGUGGUUUAAGAAAUAGAAAUACCAUUGAGAAGAAUUUGUUGGACUAGACACCGCCCUUAAUCGAUAAGCUUUUCUCCACAUUUUAGGCAUUCAGCUCUAGAACUGCAAAGGAAGUGAAUUUAUGAAUAUUUCCUCUACAGAAAUUAACGACUAAAUGUAAGCUGAUUUGGUACCCUUACUUCGCGAACAGCGAAAUAUUACUCAGCCGAUCGAAUUUUCGUACUAUUAAUCCGACAACCAAUCAAGCGACCACCAAAGCGCAUCCAAUUCGACCUGUCCGUUUUGACUUCCACCCAGCCAUAUUGACUACCGCGCUCCCGGAAGACGUUCACCAGACGGACUUUGUGACAUGCUCGUUCUACAAACUGUCGUGCCGGGUUCGUUAGUGGAAUUACAAACAGAAGCCCAAAUGCUGCCCGUCGUAUGAUGUAAGCAGGUUUGUUAACAUGGUCAUAAACAAAACAGAAAGCAUUAACCAUAAAUCAUCGUCGCACUGUUUGCAUUGUGCGGUGCAGUUAAAACCAAACAAAUCAUUCAUUGUGUGCGUCAAUGUGAACCGAUCAAGAUUUCCGUUGUCCAUCAUUCCAACAUCCAUAAACUUCAUUUGUCGAGAUGUAAUUGAAAGUUUCGUUUUAUUUGUAAUAAUGUAAUGAAGCUACUGGUUGUACUUUGGCGGUGUAAAGUAACGCAGGCAAAAAAAGAACCAACGAAAGGAAAGACAGAUACAGUCGCAGGUUCGUUUAUGAUCCUAUAAAGAAAUGAUUCCUAUGGGCGUGUAUGUACUAGGGACUGCUUUAGUAAGGGUUUUUUUUUCCUUAUAGCAGUGCGUUUUAUAGUUACGUUUAUUUAAUGUACUUUCUCGUCUGUAUCAUUCGCUUGAAGUUUAAGCACAUUGUAGACUGAUGAAGUUGUGAAACGAAUAAAAUGCAAAACAA